UCGUCGUCGACCCAUCUCGAGAGAGAAGCGCCAACAGACAUCUUCCUUUUGACAGCCUCAGAAUUCUGGUUUGAACUCCUGCGCUCUCGUCUUCUGCUACAUAAUUUUGUUCACUUUAUUGUUCCUUCCAAACUCUGCGAUGGCGGGCAGUGGCGUCGAUGACGCCCUAUUGGCGGAUGCUGCUUCUCAAAGUCAGACUUCAGAUAGCACAAGAAUGCCUGAUUCUGUUCGUGAAGAUGAGAAAAAUGCAUGUACAGUUUUGGGUUCUCUUACUGCUCCAGAUUUGGUCAUCUGUAAAGGUUCCCCUGAAAUCCACGUAGAAGGGUUCUUGCAAGAUACCCCAGAAUCAAUAACGAAGCGUCCUCGAAGGAACCGGAUCUACUUCAAGGAUGAUUUGCCGGAAAAGGUCAUGGGGGAACCAAGAGCGCAGCAGACCUUGUCACCUUCCGCUGCGGAUGUGGCAUUUUCUGAAGAGAGAUCUCUGGAAGCAGGAAUUUUGGAUGGUGUGAGUGGCGUCCAAGAGAUCCAGACGAAGCUGCAGAAUGGCCAAAAUGGGUUUCCAAAAGUAACAGAAAAAGGAUCUCGGCCAGUGAUAUGCAUAAAUUCUGGGGGAGAUUGUCUUUCACUGGCUUCCGGCAGCUGUGAUUUGAGUGCGGAUGCGUUCUUCACUGGUGGAGAGGAGGAAGGUCCUUCUGUAUACCAAACUGCUACAUCUGGUGAAGGAAACACUGACAUUGGACUAGCACUGCAAGCACAUACAAUUAAAGAAAAGCAAGACCUACUGCAGGAUAACUGCGAACAAUGCACUUGUAAUGCACAAAAACAAGUGAGCAAGUUCAAGGAAGAGUACGAGAGACUGCAGAAGGAGCAAGAAGAAAACAACAGAACUUUGGAAAAAUUGAAAAAAGAGAAUGAAUUCAAGGACAGAGAAUGCCAAAAAGCUCGAAUGUCACUCCAAGAGCUUCAUAACGAGCUCAUGCGCAAGUCAAUGCAUGUUGGCUCCUUAGCUUUUGCUGUUGAAGGACAGGUGAAGGAGAAGAGCCUUUGGUUUUCAUGUCUUCAAGAAAUCAGCAAAAAAUUCAAGGCUUUGAAAUUGGAGCAUCAAAACCUGUUGGAGGAAGCCCUAGAAUGCAAUAGGUGUUUCAAAGGUGUAUCAGAUUUGGCCUCCAACAUCAAUUCUAUUGUGAGCAGGCAUGCUGAUUUAGGGCAAGAACAUGAAGAUCUCAAAGCUAAAUUUGUGAGGGCAACAAGGGAGCAAAAGCAGCUAUACAAUAAAAUUGUGGAGAUGAAAGGGAAUAUUCGAGUAUUUUGUAGAUGUCGGCCUCUAAGCAAGGAAGAGAUUGAAGCUGGAUCUUCAACAGCAGUGGAAUUCGAAUCUGCCAAAGAUGGUGAAGUUGCUGUAAGAACUAAUGGGGGGACAAAGAAACUAUUCAAGUAUGAUGCUGUUUUCAGCCCACAAGCUAGCCAAGCUGAAGUUUUUGAAGAGACGGCUCCCUUUGCUGCAUCCGUACUGGACGGCUACAAUGUUUGCAUAUUCGCCUAUGGGCAGACUGGAACUGGAAAAACUUUUACCAUGGAAGGAACUGAAGAAUCUCGUGGUGUAAAUUAUAGAACGCUAAAUGAGCUAUUUCGAAUAAUUGGUGAACGAAAUGGUCUUCUUAAAUAUGAACUAAGUGUAAGUGUCUUAGAAGUAUACAAUGAGCAUAUACGUGAUUUGCUUGCAUCUACAUCUCAGCCAGGACAAGCUGCAAAGAGACUGGAAAUACGCCAGGAGGCUGAUGGGAUUCACCAUGUUCCUGGAUUGGUUGAGGCUCAAGUGAAUAACAUGGAUGAGGUUUGGCACGUGCUUCAAACAGGUAGUAAUGCAAGAGCCACUGGAUCUACAAAUUCAAAUGAACAUAGCAGUCGUUCACACUGUGUCCAUUGUGUUACGGUAAGAGGUGAAAACAUGAUGAAUGGGGAAUGCACAAGAAGCAAAUUGUGGUUGGUUGAUUUGGCUGGAAGUGAAAGACUGGCUAAAACUGAUGUCCAAGGAGAGCGCCUGAAGGAGGCCCAAAAUAUCAACAAGUCCUUGUCAGCACUUGGUGAUGUGAUAUCAUCUCUUGCAACUAAAAGUCCACAUAUUCCUUACAGGAAUUCAAAACUUACACAUCUGUUGCAAGAUUCACUGGGUGGGGACUCGAAAACUUUAAUGUUCGUGCAAAUCAGUCCAAAUGAGAAUGAUGUGAACGAGACAUUGUGUUCUUUAAAUUUUGCAAGCCGAGUGAAAGGAGUAGAAAUGGGUCCUGCUAGAAAACAAAUGGAUCCCAGUGAAUUAUGCAAAUACAAACAGAUGGUUGAGAAAGCCAAACAAGACAUGAAGGCUAAAGAUGAUCAGAUCAAGAAAAUGGAGGAUACAAUUCUUAGCAUGGGUUUAAAGAUGAGAGCAAGAGAUUCAACCAACAAGAGUCUACAAGAGAGGGUAAAGGAACUUGAAACCCAACUUGUGAUUGAGAGAAAAUUGUCGCGGCAGCAUGUUGAUAGCAAAGUGGCAGAACGUCAAGCGGUGCAGCAACAGGCAGUCAGGCCGCCAUUGCCAGUCAGACAAUUUGGAAACCAAAAAGCAAACGAAUCAUUUCCACUGAGCAGGGAUCUUCUCAAUGUCAUGCAACCUUGUUCAGAAAAUAACCGUGGCAUGAAACAGCUUCAAGAAUCUUUAAUUGAAUCUAAAACUGGUGAUCUAAAAUGGAACCUUGCAAGGGCCUACGCAACACCCAUACAGAAAGAAAACAAAGUAGAUAUACUUGAGCAGCAACCUUUUAUCAAGAGGACAGGUCGAGCUUCAAUAUGCGGCACUGCACAGCGCAUUCCGAUGGUGCGAGUACCACGGCGUACUUCCCUGAUUCCCUUGCCUUCUGUGAGAAAUACUGGGCUACCACUUCUACCUAUCACCACUCCACAGCGAUCAAGGGUUCAACUGACGCCACUUCGAAAGAUUGAUCCCAUCGAGGAGUCCACACCUCGCAGUUUCAGGGGAAAUAAAAAUAACCACAGACUGAGCAUUGUUCUGAGAAAAAGCAUCCAAAUGAAAAUGAAGUUGAAGUCUCCUUUGCAUCAUCAUAAGGAGAUGGAUAAAGCUCGAGUCUCAGUAGGUGGCAAGCUCAGGCUAGCACAGAGGGUGCUGGUCAGUGAUUUGAGGGGCCCAAAAUUUGUGCAGCAGAGGCAGCAAGAAAAGGUUAAGGAGAGAGGAUGGAAUCGUAGAGCCUCAAUGAAGAACCUGACCGGGUGAAUUAUGGAGAGGCUAUCUCUGCUUUCGUAAGAGAAAGCUCUACUCCUAACUACUUCAGCAACUGCUGAAUAUGUACCUACGGCAGCAUCUUCUUCUUCAUCCAAUUAGUCUAUAUACAGCCAACAAAGACCUACGUCCUCAUUGAGUUCUUUUUAAUCACAAUGAGUUCUUGCGUUCCAGCAUUUAGCUACUAUAUUCAUGAGUGUGUGGUGCUUUUCCAUGUAGUUUGUGAAAAACCAACCAUUCUGUCUUCCAUGUUACAGUCAAUGAUGCUCUCACGUAUGUAAUGUACAUCAAGCACAUUCACAGGUUUACAAGGUUAAUGGAGAUUCAAAAUCAUUUUACA